AUGUCCCACAGUUCAGUUCACUCGGGCCUGACCCUCCCCGAGUCAGGUCAGCUCCCAAGGGAGGGCUCAGUCCCCGGCGCCCUCUGCAAACAGCAGCCAGAGCCCCGGGCGCCCCUGCUCCUCCGGGCCCUGUGCCGGGUUCCUCAGCCUCUCCGGGUCCAGGGACUGGCUGGACGCGCUCCCGCGCUCAGGACCACACGUCACUGCGUUGACGGGUUCACGGUUUUCGAUGCAACAAACACCACCCGAGAGCGGAGGGCGACCAUCUUUAAUUUUGGGGAGCAGAACGGCUACAAGACCUUCUUCGUUGAGUCCAUCUGUGUGGAUCCCGAGGUCAUCGCGGCCAACAUCGUGCAAGUGAAGCUGGGCAGCCCUGACUACGUCAACCGCGACAGCGAGGAGGCGGCGGAGGACUUCCUGAGGCGCAUCGAGUGCUACGAGAGCUCCUACGAGUCCCUGGACGAGGACCUGGACAGGUGGGCGCUCGGGACAGCCCCUCUCUGCUCCGCUUGGCACAGGGGUCUGUCCUACAUCAAGAUCAUGGACGUGGGGCAGAGCUACGUGGUGAACCGCGUGGCCGACCACAUCCAGAGCCGCAUCGUGUACUACCUCAUGAACAUCCACGUGACCCCGCGCUCCAUCUACCUCUGCCGGCACGGCGAGAGCGAGUUCAACCUCAAGGGCCGCAUCGGCGGGGACCCGGGACUGUCCCCGCGGGGCAGGGAGUUUGCCAGGAGUCUGGCCCAGUUCAUCAGCGACCAGAACAUCAAGGACCUGAAGGUGUGGACCAGCCAGAUGAAGCGGACCAUCCAGACAGCCGAGGCGCUGGGCGUGCCCUACGAGCAGUGGAAGGUCCUCAACGAGAUCGACGCGGGCGUCUGUGAGGAAAUGACCUACGAGGAAAUCCAGGAUCACUAUCCCCUGGAGUUUGCCCUGCGGGACCAGGACAAGUACCGGUACCGCUACCCCAAGGGGGAGGUAGGUGGGACUCCGGGCCUGUCCCCCCUGGGCGGGGGGAGGAGAUCCCUUUCCCAGACGGCCCAUCCUCACCGGCCCCCAGCGUCCCUCACGGUGACAUGUCCCUGUCAGUCUGGUUGUAAGGUGGAGUCCAUCUUCCUGAACGUGGGGGCUGUGAACACGCACCGGGAGAGGCCGCAGGUGGAGGAGGUGGAGAGGAGGUCCUACUGGGGCGGGUGGGCCCUCCAUCCAAGCUCCCUGGCGCCUCCAGAGGGCGAGAGCGUGGCCGCACACACCUGGGUUUCCAACGUCCAGCUGAACGCCUCUCCCCAGCCGGCCACAGUCGUUGGCGUCUCGGGGGACCGGCUGGUUCCACUGGGGACCUUUCCAGGCAGAACCCUGAACUGCCGGUCCUGCUGGCGGGCACUGGCCCUGUGCUGCGGUGGCUUCAGGAUGCGUGGGAACACGGCCGUAGCAUCUCGCUGGGAGGAUGCAGACCUCGUGUCACCCAGAGUCCUGGGCCGUUGUCCACACGUGUGUCCUGAGGCUCUGUCCUCACCCCGGCCAGCGGGAGGCCCUUUAUCCCACUCUGUGGCCGAGAGCCCUGGCCCCCGAGGGCACACGCAUUGCCCAGGCACCCGCUCAGGCCCCGCAGGGCUGUGCCGCGGGGACACUGUGGGUGUGACUGUAGCCCCUGCCCACAGCGAGGUGUGCAUGUUGGCCGGUGGAGACAGCUUCUCCCCCAAGACCUGCCCCAUGUUCUGCUGCGGCACCUGCUACAACCAGUACUGCUGCUCCGACAUCCUGAAGUCCGUCUGGAACAAGGAAGGCUGUGCCGACAAUCAGGACAGCUUGGCCAGUGUCAGGAAUAACAUGGUGGAGACGUUUCCCUCCUCGCUGAAGUACACCGACAUAGACACCGACCCCCUGCCAGGGUAA